CGUCCGUAGCCCCCCUCCCGCCCGGUCAGCGCCGAAGAAUUGCCCGGUGGCCGCGGCAGACGGAAGCCGAGCGAGAGUCUCGGCGGCGGCGGCAGGAUGGGAGACUCCAAAGUGAAAGUGGCCGUCCGGAUCAGGCCCAUGAACCGAAGAGAAAUUGACUUGCAUACCAAAUGUGUGGUGGAUGUAGAUGCAAACAAGGUUAUUCUUAAUCCUGUAAAUACUAAUCUUUCUAAAGGAGAUGCCCGAAGCCAGCCAAAGGUGUUUGCAUAUGAUCAUUGUUUCUGGUCUAUGGAUGAAUCUGUCAGAGAAAAGUAUGCAGGUCAAGAUGAUGUUUUCAAGUGCCUUGGGGAGAAUAUUCUUCAAAAUGCUUUUGAUGGCUAUAAUGCAUGUAUCUUUGCCUAUGGACAGACUGGAUCUGGAAAAUCUUACACCAUGAUGGGCACAGCCGACCAACCUGGAUUAAUUCCAAGACUUUGCAGUGGACUUUUUGAACGAACUCAGAAAGAGGAAAAUGAAGAGCAGAGUUUUAAAGUAGAAGUGUCCUAUAUGGAAAUUUAUAAUGAAAAAGUCAGAGACCUUCUUGAUCCCAAAGGAAGCCGUCAAACAUUAAAAGUCAGAGAGCACAAUGUGUUGGGACCCUAUGUCGAUGGACUUUCUAAACUGGCUGUCACAAGCUAUAAGGAUAUUGAGUCUUUGAUGUCUGAGGGUAACAAAUCUCGUACAGUUGCUGCAACCAACAUGAAUGAGGAGAGUAGUCGAUCGCAUGCGGUCUUCAAAAUCACCCUCACGCAUACUUUGUAUGAUGUGAAGUCUGGGACAUCUGGAGAGAAAGUGGGCAAACUGAGCUUGGUCGAUUUAGCUGGCAGCGAGCGAGCAACAAAAACUGGAGCUGCCGGUGACAGGUUGAAGGAGGGGAGCAACAUCAACAAGUCCCUCACAACCCUCGGUCUGGUUAUCUCAGCCCUAGCAGACCAGAGUGCUGGCAAAAACAAGAAUAAAUUUGUUCCUUAUCGUGAUUCAGUUCUCACUUGGCUGCUCAAAGACAGUCUUGGGGGUAACAGCAAGACAGCCAUGGUAGCAACUGUGAGUCCGGCAGCUGAUAACUAUGACGAAACCCUUUCAACUCUGCGGUAUGCAGAUCGCGCCAAGAACAUCGUGAACCAUGCUGUGGUGAAUGAGGAUCCUAAUGCACGAAUUAUCCGGGAUCUCCGGGAAGAAGUGGAAAAACUCCGAGAGCAGCUAACCAAAGCAGAGGCAAUGAAAUCUCCCGAGCUAAAAGACCGGCUGGAAGAAUCAGAGAAGCUAAUCCAGGAAAUGACUGUGACCUGGGAGGAGAAAUUAAGGAAAACUGAGGAGAUUGCCCAGGAGCGACAGAAACAACUUGAGAGUCUUGGAAUAUCCCUUCAAUCUUCUGGAAUUAAAGUUGGGGAUGAUAAAUGUUUCCUUGUUAAUCUGAAUGCUGAUCCCGCUCUGAAUGAACUUCUGGUUUACUAUUUAAAGGAACAUACAUUGAUAGGUUCAGCAAAUUCCCAAGAUAUCCAACUAUGUGGAAUGGGAAUUCUUCCUGAACAUUGUAUUAUAGACAUCACACCAGAAGGCCAGGUUAUGCUGACUCCUCAAAAGAACACCAGAACAUUCGUGAAUGGCUCUUCUGUAUCCAGUCCUAUACAGCUACACCACGGGGACAGGGUGUUAUGGGGAAACAACCACUUCUUUAGAUUGAAUUUGCCUAAAAAGAGAAAGAAAACAGAUCGAGAGGAUGAGGAACAAGAUACCUCCAUGAAGAAUGAUACCAGUUCUGAGCAGCUGGACGUAGAUGGAGACUCCUCAAGUGAGGUGUCCAGUGAAAUCAACUUCAAUUAUGAAUAUGCACAGAUGGAGGUGACCAUGAAGGCUCUGAGCAAUAAUGAUCCAAUGCAGUCAAUAUUGAACAGCCUAGAACAACAGCACGAAGAAGAAAAACGGUCUGCAUUAGAGCGCCAGAGGCUCAUGUAUGAACAUGAACUGGACCAGCUACGAAGAAGGCUGUCUCCUGAGAAACAAAACUGUCGGAGUGUGGACAGGUUCUCUUUCCACUCACCCAGCGCUCAACAGCGCCUGAGACAGUGGGCCGAAGAGAGAGAAGCAACACUGAAUAACAGCCUGAUGAGGCUAAGGGAACAAAUUGUUAAAGCCAAUCUGUUGGUGAGAGAAGCUAGUUACAUUGCAGAAGAACUGGACAAAAGGACAGAGUAUAAAGUAACCCUGCAGAUUCCAGCCUCCAGCCUUGAUGCUAACAGGAAGAGAGGCUCUCUUCUUAGUGAACCUGCAAUCCAAGUGAGAAGAAAAGGAAAAGGAAAGCAGAUUUGGUCCUUGGAAAAACUGGACAACAGGCUGUUGGAUAUGAGAGACCUUUAUCAGGAGUGGAAGGAGUGUGAAGAAGAUACCCCAGUAAUACGUUCUUACUUCAAGCGUGCUGAUCCAUUCUAUGAUGAACAGGAAAAUCAUAGCCUCAUUGGGGUGGCUAAUGUCUUCCUUGAGUCCCUCUUCUACGAUGUGAAGUUACAAUAUGCUGUUCCAAUCGUCAACCAGAAAGGAGAGGUGGCAGGUCGGCUGCAUGUAGAGGUGAUGCGAAUCAGUGGUGACAUCGUGGAAAGGCUGGCCGGAGGGGAUGAUGCCGCCGACAUCUCCUUUGAUAAGGAAUCCCAUGAAAACAAACUGACGUGCAUGGUUAAAAUACUCCAAGCCACUGGGUUGCCACAGCAUCUGUCCCACUUUGUAUUCUGCAAAUACAACUUCUGGGAUCAACAGGAGCCAGUAACUGUUGCACCCGAAGUAGAUACCUCAUCCUCUCCUGUCAGCAAGGAGCCUCAGUGCAUGGUUGUCUUUGAUCAUUGCAAGGAGUUUACUGUUAACAUCACUGAAGAUUUUAUUGAGCACCUUUCAGAAGGGGCAUUAGCAAUUGAAAUAUAUGGCCAUAAGGUGACCGAUCCUCGGAAAAAUCCAGCCCUUUGGGAUUUGGGGAUCAUACAAGCAAAAACACGUAGUCUUCGGGACAGAUGGAGUGAAGUCACCAGGAAAAUGGAAUUCUGGGUUCAGAUCUUGGAACAGAAUGAGAAUGGCGAAUACUGCCCUGUAGAAGUAAUUUCUGCAAGGGACGUGCGAACAGGAGGAAUCUUCCAACUCCGGCAGGGGCAGUCCCGGCGAGUCCAAGUGGAGGUGAAGUCUGUGCAGGAAUCUGGGACUUUACCACUGAUGGAAGAAUGUAUAUUGUCUGUUGGCAUUGGAUGUGUAAAAGUUAGAGCACUCAGAUCCCCCAAGACACAGGAGACCUUUCAUGAGGAAGAGGAGGACAUGGACAGCUACCAGGAUCGGGAUUUAGAGAGACUGCGUAGAAAAUGGCUAAAUGCAUUAACAAAACGUCAGGAGUACUUAGAUCACCAACUGCAAAAGCUUGUCAGUAAACAUGAUAAAACAGAGGAUGAUGCUGACCGUGAAGCUCAACUUCUAGAGAUGAGGCUGACGCUGACUGAGGAGAGGAACGCGGUCAUGGUCCCCUCUGCGGGCAGUGGCAUUCCAGGGGCUCCAGCAGAGUGGACCCCAGUUCCUGGGAUGGAAACACACAUUCCUGUUAUAUUCCUUGACUUAAAUGCUGAUGAUUUCAGCUCUCAGGAUAAUCUUGAUGACCCAGAAGCUGGUGGGUGGGAUGCUACCCUUACGGGGGAAGAAGAAGACGAGUUCUUUGAACUGCAGAUUGUAAAACAGCAUGAUGGAGAGGUGAAAGCGGAAGCCUCUUGGGACUCUGCAGUACACAAUUGUCCUCAGCUCAGUAGAGGCACACCUGCAGAUGAGCGAGUGUUUCUGAUUGUGCGGGUGACGGUCCAGCUCAGCCAUCCGGCUGACAUGCAGCUAGUAUUACGCAAACGAAUUUGUGUCAAUGUUCAUGGUAGGCAGGGUUUUGCUCAGAGUCUCCUAAAAAAGAUGUCUCAUCGAAGUUCUAUUCCUGGCUGUGGAGUGACUUUUGAAAUUGUCUCCAAUAUUCCAGAGGAUGCCCAGGGAGUGGAGGAACGAGAAACAUUAGCAAGAAUGGCAGCUAACGUUGAAAACACAGCUUCUGCUGACUCAGAGGCUUAUAUUGAAAAAUACCUCAGAAGUGUACUGGCUGUGGAGAACCUUCUCACUUUAGAUCGUCUGCGCCAGGAAGUUGCAGUGAAGGAACAGUUGACAGGAAAAGGGAAGCUGAGUAGGAGGAGCAUCAGUUCUCCAAAUGUGAACAGAUUGUCUGGCAGCCGACAAGAUCUCAUUCCCUCCUACAGUCUAGGCAGCAACAAGGGAGAAGGUGGAAAUAUGUGGGUAUCUGAGCAGGCAGGGGUAGAGUUUUCAGAGAUCCAGGGAGAGGGCCGGUGGGAAAGUCAACAGGAUGUGUCUCAAAUUGCAGUUUCCAGAGGAGUAGCUCCAGUUGCCCCGCCCAUCCCUGAUUGUCCACAAAAUACCCAUUCUCCUGAUCCGGGAUUUAGUGGUCUAGCGGCCUCCUACUUGCAUCCAGUAAAAUCCUUUGUGCCGCAGAUGCCGAAGCUGCUGAAGUCUCUCUUCCCUGUCCGCGACGAAAAAAGGGGCAAACAGCCACCUCCCCUUGCACAUCAGCCGGUGCCCCGAAUCACGGUGCAGUCUGCCCUUCCAGAUUUGGGGACAACCAGGAUGGCAGAGGCUCACCGGGAGAGAGGAGGGGCUGGCGUGGCCCCUGACGUGACUGUGCACAUUGUCCCUGUGGUGAAGACCCAUGAAAAACCAACUCAAGUGCCCCCACCCCAGGGCGCAGCCACCAACACGCAGGUCCCCGAAGUGCAGGAGGGGCCGCCCAGCCCCCUGAGCGAGGCCUCCAGCGGGUACUUCUCACACAGCGUCUCCACCGCCACGCUGUCCGACGCGUUCGCCCUGGGCCUGGAUGCCACGGCCCAGGCCGGCGGGCAGAUGUGCGGCUCGCCCCCUCCUGUCCCCUGCCAGGCCGGCCCUGAGGCUGAGUCCCCGUUUUCAUCUGCUGCCCCUGGCGCAGACGGUGCUCUCCCCGCCCCGCCGCAGGGCGAGAGCGGCCUUCCCUCUCCGCCUGUCCCAGCAAAGCAGGCUACACAGAGCGACGGUGGUGGUGGCAGUGCCAGUGCCGCCCAGGCCAAUGGAGCGGUUUCCUCCGAGAAGCAGAACGAAGAAGCAGCCACUUCGCCGGCUCGUCUUCCCACUUCUGCCCCUCAGAAGGAGUCACCCCUCCCACAGGGCAGCGGCAACUUUUCCCCGGCCACCAAGCCGCUUGGAGGACCCAAGGACCAGGCCAAGCCAAUCACCAGCUUAGAGCUGGAUGUCUCCAAACCGCAGUUGCCUCCUGACCUGCUGUCUCAGUCGCCUGCACCAGCAUCUCCAUUCAGAAUCCGCAAGGUGCGAACCUCAGAGCUGAAGUCGUUCACGCGCAUGCUCGGCGGGGACCCUGGCUGCCCCUCUGGUGCCACUGAGGACCCGCUGGCCUCAGGAGGGCCAGGCGAUGGCAGCUCCGGAGGACAGGGACAGGCUCUGGAGAAGCUGGAAGUCUCCUCUGAUUCCGAAGAAGCCAGUGAGGUCCCAGAGUGGCUCAGAGAAGGAGAACACGUUAUCGUGGGCACCAGCAAAGUGGGCAUUGUGAGAUACAUCGGGCCCACCGACUUCCAGGAGGGCACGUGGGUUGGAGUGGAGCUGGAUUCACCUUCAGGUAAGAACGACGGCUCCAUCGGAGGGAAGCAGUACUUCAGGUGCAGCCCCGGCUACGGGCUGCUGGUGAGGCCAGGCCGGGUUCGAAGGGCGGCAGGUGCAGGCCGGCGACGCAGCGCGGGGCUCAGGCUUCAGGGGACCCCCGAGCCCCGCAGGAGCAGCGCCCUCUCUGGCUCCGCCACCAACCUGGCCUCCCUGACUGCGGCUCUGGCCAAGGCCGAGGGCACCACGGCUCUGGGGGCCGACAGGAGCCACAAGAACCCCGAGAACCGGAAAUCCUGGGCCAGCUGAGCCAGCGCCCUCCGAGGCGGACACUGACCGCAGGAGCCGAGGGGCCGUGUCACCUCAAACGCCCUUCCUUGGAGGCGCAGGCAGUGAAGGCUUUUGCACGACGAUGCAGGGCUGGUGACCUCCCUGUUUCUCCCGGAACUCUAGAAGCUUUGUUUCUUCCUCUACCCAGAGCACGAGGAGGCCUCUCUCUCUCCGCAGCACAGUGGAGUCGAAGGUUCUAGGAGCUUAGUGCCAUCCUGGGUUGUGGAGAGCGAGGUCCCGAGCCUGGGGCUCUCUCCACCUGGGGCUGUUGUUGCUGUUUUUUCUGUUCUAGUGACCCCAUUAAUCUCUUAAUUUAAAGAAUAAUCAUAACUAGUGCCUUUCCUCCCCCCAGGAGCGGGGCAUCUCCCUCUGCCCCCAGGGCUGGUGCCCCAGCCCACCCGCCCCAGGUGCUGGCUUGCUCCUCAGGCUCCAUGUACGCUCUCGUCCCCGAAUCCCCCACACCAAGUAACAUGCUCCCGAAGGUGCCUCUGGCUGGCCGGCUGGGGCUUCUGGGACAAGGUCCGGUGUGCCCCAGAGAGGGCUGCUGGGCCCGCCCCUCCCACUCUUCCUUCUUCCUUUCCACGGGGUUUCUUAGAGGUUUUUCUGUGGGUGUUUUAGCAUCUUUAUAUCUAGAAAGUUUUUCUCUCUGCCAUUUACUCCCUACACAGAGUACUUGGAAUAUAUUUAUUUAUAUUUAUUUUUUCGAAACCCGAAAUAAUUUGCGAGCCACAAUCGUCCACCCAGGUGCAGGAACCCAGGGCCUGCCUUGCACAUUGCCAGCCUCUGUGGCCCCUUGGGAGCUGCCAGCCUUCUGCCUCGGGCCGGGGUUCCCCGAGAGGCCAGAGGAUGACCCUCCCUCCUUAUGUUCCUUUAAUGCAGAUACACAAGUGGCCUUACUCUAAUAAGAUGACAGCAAAAACUUAGAGAAUUAUGUCGUGCUUCUGCAGUCAAUGACAAAGUCAUUCAGGGGCAUCACAACCUUAUUUGGUGCAAUUUUGGUUUCUGGGAAGGUCCUUAGACCAGCUUAACUUCUUGGUAGUUCUAUACCCUGACGCCUCAGCCUGGAUCUGCAGAGGGAGUGCUCGUCCACCAUCCCUGGGGCUGGGCCCUUGCAGAACCACAAACCAGGCCCAGCCUGGGCAGCCCGAAACAUCCCCAAACAUCGUCCACCUCCUGCCAGGACACCUCUGGUCCAUUGGGAGGGCGUGUGUGGAAGCACAAAGAGGACAGGAGCCUUGCAGACCAGGGGGGAGCGGGGCCUGGGGGAGGCAAAGCGGGGCCUCCAGGCCCAGGGAACCCCUGAGCGAGAGCCGGUGCUCCUGGUCCUCCCUAAGGCAGGACCCCAGGGACCUGGUGCCGAACGUCAGCUGCCUCCCCUGCCUGUCAUCGCGAGCGCCUCGUGUUGGGGUUUGCACUCAGCCAUCUUGGCGCAUGUUUUUGGUUCUCAUGUUUAGACUCUAAAAACAACAUCCAGACUCUGUUUUUGAAAAAUCUGUGGUUCUCUAGGGAUUUGAAGCCCCUCACGAGCCGUGGCAGGCUGUCGGGAGAGGGCAGAGCCCUGACGGGCACCCAUGGGGCACAGCUACCGCACAUGUAGACCCACAGGGAAGGGGCCCAGGGUUAAUUAGCUCCUAGUGAAUGCACGUGGUGAUGGCCGGCCCAGCCGGCUGCUGCCGGCCAGGUGAAGCUGCCUCUCCCGCCCUUCCCGUGGUGCCUGCAGUUGGAUAAACUGCAGAAUGAAAUGGAAUUGCUCUCAGCUGGCUAGUGCUGGGCCGGGCCCCCAUCUCAGCCUGGGGUCUGCUGGCCCUUGAUAAGACAUCAGCUGGUCGAGAGCUGCCACACUGUCACUUCCUCCCCCAUUUUAACGGAAGGGAAGACAGGGCCAGAAGUUCAGAAGCUCCUUAAAUAGCUUUAUCUCAGUGCACAUUCAUAGUUUUAGAACUGGAAGGGAUCUUCUCGCAGGGAAUGGGCUAAAACCAAGGAAAGUUCAGUGAUUUUUUUUUCCAGGUUACAGAAAUUCCAGCUUCUGACUCCCAGCCUGGGCACUUUCCGUUGUCUCUGUGAAGCACCAGCUGGCGACUGCCAGUCCCUCCUUGAUGCACCUGGCCGCAGCCCGGCUCCGCCCCCAGACGGGGAGUUCACGCCCACACCCAGGUUUUAGUGAUCUAACCCCGGCUCCCUUAAGGAGAACCUGCUGCCCCCGCCCCCCGCGAUGCCUGGCUGGCUUUCCCUGGCCCAGGUCCCCUGGUGGGGGCUCCGAGCGGUCAGCUCCCCCCGUGGCAACCGCCUCCAGCGUCCUGUCCCCGCCCGCAUGGCACCCUUGGCCUGGGAGGUAGGUGUCCUGCUUUUCUAGUCUGGCGGCUGGGUUUGCCCUCGGAGAGGGUGGGCCAGGGACUCGUCUCCUUCCCCGGGGCGGCGGGGGCCUGCUGGGUGCCCCGGGUCUCUGGGGACUGCUUCGUCCUUCCUGUCUGCAGCUGCAUUUGGGGGAGCACCUGCUGGGCUUGUGUCCCCGAAUACAGCACUCAGUUUUGUGCUCCUGUUGUUACUUUGCCAGCACAGUCAUGUUAAGAGUUUUCUCUGUGUCACCGUCACCCGCGUCCAUUGCCGGGACCAGCGCCACCCCUUCCUCUGGGCAGAGCAGCUCUUGCUCCGAGCCCCAGGUGGCUGCCGGUGGCCGAAAGCCGGGCACCGGCUGGGUGGAGAGGGGGCGAUGGGAGCGGAAGGCGGCUGGGUGUUUGUGAUCCUCACUUCGCGAGUACUUGUUGGAGCCAGUGUGCCCUGGAACAUGUUGGCAGCAACCUUCCAGAACCGUCUUGGGGACAAGCGGUGUUGUGCUCUCUGUCAUUGUUUAAUUAGGAUGGGAUGGACUGUGAUGGAAUUAGCGCCUGGAGCAGGUCUCGUUAGCUGGAGCUCUCAGGGACGGUGAGACGGUGAAGAGGCUGGGAGGUCCGCCCAGGCCAGCGCUGGUAGCUGAAGAGGUUUCGGGCCCACCUUUUCCUCCCAAACUCAGUUUCCUGUGCCUGAGCUUCUCGCACUAGUCCUGCGCCCCAUCCCGCCCCGCUUGGACCUUUUCCACCAUCUCCAUUUCCUGGGAAGCGGUGUUUGGGGCCCGUGGCGUCCAUCGGACUCGCCGGCAGCUGACCGCGGUUGGCCCGGUUGCUUGGCCGGUUGCUUGGUCGCCUUCAGCCGUGCGUGCGGGGCGGGGUCGGGGCCCGAGGCCGCGGGGCGGAGGAGCAGUUCCUCUAGGAGGAGCGGAGCUCUCCGCUUGCCUGGGGUUUUCUUCGAAUGAGCGUGUUUGGGCUGCCCUGGGAGGAGACGUUUGUCACGUUGCUGCUCUCGGCGAGCUGUUCGUGCGCUGGGAGGUCAGCACGUGGCCACCCCGGCGCCCGACCUCCAGCAUCGCCGUGGGCGCAGUGCGGCUCUCCUGCUCGGGGCGUGGCGGUUUGCGCCGGGCCCUUGGGGCGGGGGCAGGGUUUGCAGUCCCGGGCCCCCUGUCUUACUUGCUUCACAACCUGGACAUCCCUUCAGGGCCGGUGUGUGGAUGGCUUGCCUGGGGCGCACCCAGGACGCUGGGGCCAUCACUCUGGCAUGGGCCCUGUCUUCCUGGGUGGCUCAGGGAGCAAUGCGCGUGCGCAGGGAGCCCGGCCUGCCCCGGUCUUCCGUUUUCACUCACUUCUUGGUGCAGACUGAUGUUAACUUGAACCUGGAAAAGGGGGGCCGUGCAGUAGAUGGGGUCACUGCAGCCGCAGCCCUGGCAGCCCGCAACCCAGCACGUACCGGGCUGAAGGUGCGGGCCUGAGAGUCGGGACCCGAGGGGCUCGACCCCCUUGAGCAUCGUUCUCGCCUCACUAACAAACAGCCCUGAUGUUAGAAAGAAAGUGUGAGCUUUAAGACUCGGGGUUCAGUUCCUAGCUGGCCCCAUGCUCUGGGGUUUACUGUGGCAGCAGGAGGGAAUGGGCCACUCAGAAGCUGGGGCCAGGCGAGGCUGUAGGUGCCACACAAACACCCUAGGCAGAGACUGGACGGGGACCCUCUUGGCCUCCGCCUCCCAUUCUGUGUGCUCAUGGUGACCACCGGCCCCAUCCACGGGUGGGCAGCGGUGUGUCUAGGGAGAGAAUGAGCUGUGAAGGGUCUGAAAGGCUUAGGUAUUCAGAUCUCCCGUUACUUCCUUACGUUUUCUUCUCCUGGCUUAAAGGUCCAUGUAUGUGAAACUGACAAGGAGUCCAUGGUAUUUAUUUUCCUGGCUAAGAUUAGCCCCCCUUACCCCAGGCCUGCUGCGGGCCUGCAUCUCAUGGUGCCCUCAGCUCCCAGGGCUGCCUCAGACAGGCAGUGCCUGAGACGGUGGCCACCUCUCUGUCGUGCCUUACCUUGGAGACUGGGAGUGGAGCCUGCAUUUUAUCCUCAAGACACUGACUUGGUUGUCCCCACACAUCUCUCUCAGAAAUCCAUCGUGCCUUUUGCUGGGUUGCUGACACUAAUUGUGUUGGGAGAGUCUUGGAACAUCAUCUCUGUGUGUGGAGUUCUGUAAAUAUGAUGGGUUCACAUAUAAAGAAGUGACUCUGAUUGGGGGGGGAGCAUAUUGAUUAGCUACACGUGAAAUGUGAGUUAAAAAAAUCCAAAGACUCUAAUGAAUUGUAAAGACUUAAUGAUUUGUAUUGUAUAAUGAACUAAACCUCUGUAAUUUUGUACCAUAUAUACCUUUCCAUCGUAUGACCAGCUGCUUCUAAAUAAAAUCAGAUGAUUUCUUGCCUA